GUGCACAUGAAUAUACUGGCUGAUGCUCUCAAGAGCAUCAACAAAGCUGAAAAGCAAGGUAAAUGCCAGGUUCUUAAUAGGCUGAGCUCCAAAGUAAUUGUCCACCCCAUUGUCCAGUUUCUAACUAUAAUGAUGAAGCAUGGUUACACUGGCAAAUCUGAAAUCACUGAUGAUCACAGAGCUGGGAAAACUGUUGUGAACCUCACAGGCAGGCUAAACAAGUAUGGAGUAAUCAGCCCCAGAUUUGAUGUGCAACUCAAAGAUCCAGAAAAAUGGCAGAAUAAUCUGCUCCCAUCCCACCAGUUUGGUUUCACUGUACUGACAACCUCGGCUGGCAUCAUAGACCACGAAGAAGCAAGACGAAAACACAUACGAGGAAAAAUCCUACGAUUCUUUUUAUAA